AUGGCCAGUUGUUCAGAACCUCUAGCCGCUCAGAAGAGACGGCGUAUGCCACCUCAGACGAAGAAAGGUAUGCCAUCGCAACUCUUGUCAUACUGCAUGAUCAUUCUGACUUUCGCAGUGCAGGCUAUCAGCAAAGCCACGCGACGCAGCGAUCGCACACGAGCGGCGGUUGAGGAAGGCUCCAAAUCUCGGACGGAUACUGAAUACUCAAUAAAGCAAGAAGCAUGUAAUCUUUCGAGUCCUCAACGAGUCCAACCAAAAGCCGUCAAGUCAAGAAAGCGCAUUCGAGACCUCGAGAACCCAUCAAUUGAACAACCCAAAAAGAAGCGUCUACGAACUCAAGAUUCCCCCCGGACAAAGCCUCGCGCGCAGGCUGAGAAGCAAAAGCGACCUCGAGAAGACGAAGUUUCACUCUCCCGCCCUUCGCUCGAGCCGUUUCUAAAACGAGUACGGCCAUCAGUUAACGAACCACUCAGGCAGAAGACAACUAGGGAGGCUCGGGUUGACUACUGGAGGGAGACCGGAGUCUGGCCGACAGAAGAGCAAGAGGCAACAAUGGAUCGUUUCCGAGAGCUUGUCGAUCAUGCGCGUGCAAGAAAACGAUCGCUGAGCCGUAAACGCUCAAAUGCCUCCUUAGCCUCGGAAAUAACUCCGACACAGAUUACGAGCAGCAUGUCGCGGGAUCAGAAGUGUGCUCCGUAUAGGCAUCCACUGUUUCAGCGUCAACUGAAGGAGUGCGGCAGCUUUAUGGAUGAUCACGAACUCGGCAUUACAGCGGAAAGCGAAAAACUUUGCCAGCAGCUCCUGAAAGAACCACAGCCAGUGCCUCAACAUACGCUUUUCUCCGAUGAUGAACUGUUCAAGAAGACGUGUAAAAGGAUCAAGGGUGAGAACGAGACAAAAGUGGUUCGCGAUAUUUCGCAGCUCAUUGUUCCGUCAGCUGAGAUACUGGCUAACAAGGGAGCCAAACAUCUCGUCAUUCUCCGAGAGACUACCAACGCAUGCUGGACCAAUUCUAUCCCUUUCAUCAAUCCUCCUGGUUCUGGUUCUGGUUCUCGUUCCGCACCUCGACCGCAGCCAGAUUUUGGACUUGGAUUCGAUAGAGAUGCUUUUAAUCCCGAACAGCUGCAAAAGCUUCAACCUUUUCUCGGCGACCUCCUUGCUGAUUCCUCCUUCUUUGCAGCUACUUAUCAGAUGUAUUUUCCAUUUCUCACCAGCGAGGUGAAAUGCAGAGACGGUGAACUUGAUGUAGCUGAUCGACAGAAUGCUUACGCUCAGUCUGUCAUCUUGCGCGGUCUUCACUCACUUUUCCAGGUGGUUGGCCAAGAGAAAGAACUGCAUCGGGAGAUUAAUGGCUUUUCAAUAUCUCAUAACGACGAGGCUGUGAGAAUCUGGGGCCACUACGCCGUUAUUGAUGGAAAAGAUGUGAAGUUUUACCGGCAUUUGAUCUCAAAGUUUAUUUUCGCGCCAUCUGGGGAAGGGGAUCACAGGUGGAAAGCCUACAAGUUCGUUAAAAAUGUUUACGACUUGUGGCUUCCUAAGCACUUUGAAAGAAUAUGCUCCGUCAUCGACAUGUUACCGGCUGACUUGAACUUUGAUGUCUCCGAGCAGGAUCUGGCCUCUUCACGCUCAGAACUGUCCCAACAACUUGGAGAUUACAGCUUCGCCGAGGAAGGAAUAAUACCGAAUAGUCAACCAAGCGUCCAGCCAAUCACCCCUGACACCACGAUCAACGCUGGGUCCAGCAACUCCAAGAAGAAAAAGAGGAAGUGA